UGGCGGCCAUGCGCCAACUCCUCGAGCGCUUUCGAUUCAGGUCGGUUAAAUAGUCCUAAAGGUCUACAUAUCCCUACAAUUUGACGGGGUACUGGUCCAACGUGCCGAUCGUGUACCCGAGGAACUGGAGCUCCGCGAUGACAUCGCGAAACAUCGACGCCUUGGCAACGUCUGCAAAGAAGUAGUCGUGUGUGAGGAGCACGACGUGGUCGCCGCGCGGCCCAACCUUCCACUUGCUGUCGAACUGGUUGACGACGUCUUGGACAACGCGGCAUUUCUCGCGCUGCGCGUCGUACGUAGCUUUGGCAUCCAUCCGCCACUCGGCAUCCCAGCCCAUGACGAACCACGGCUUCGUGUCGGCCCUGCACUCGAGCUUUCCGCCAAAGAGCUUUUCUGCCGUCAUCAUGCGGAUGUCGCGCUCGGGACCCAAGUCUUCUUUGCGCAACCCAGUCACCGACGUCACGUCCGGCAGUCGCCAUACGUUCGUGCACGGCAGACGCGCGUACGACCACAGCGUCGACACUGCGCGCUUGUACGCAGCUACCUCGGCGUCGUUUUCCCACAGUGUUUCGUUGGACAGGGCCAUAUCGAUGCGCAAUGCUCCGCGGACGAUGUCGGACCACGGAUCUUUCCCGCACUUGGCGAACUUGUCUUCGAUCUUCGUGGCCGCAUUCAUUGUGCGGUAGUUGCAAAAGCCCGCUUUCGCGUCGUAAAAGUGCGAGUCCGAGUGCGCAGCGAUCAUGUGCCCUGCCUUGAUCGUCCACACGAGGAGCUGCAACGCCGUGUCGUACGCUGCUGCAUUGCACUGGAGGUUGAUGAUCGCGUCGGUUUCUUGGCCGCAAAAGUUGUAUCCGCUUUCGAGGAACGUCACGUAGGCAGGGGCGACUUUGUUCGGGCGGUUGUUGAGCUGGUCCAUCGCGUUGAGCAGGUUCAGGCGGCUGCCCGGAGACGGUCCGUCGUCGACGGUCAUGUACACGGUUUCCUUGGACGAUUUGGCUUUCCGGGAAAUGCCGCAUGUCGGGGCUGUGGGGAUUGGGACUUUGGCCGGUUGCCCUACAAACUUGGGAAACCUGACCUUGUCUAUGACUGGAACCGUGUCGUUGGUGCUGUUGUUGGUGGGAACGGUCGUGAUGGGGGCCUCGGUUGGUGCGUCGGAAUGCGGAGCCGACGGCCACGGCUGGUUGACGUAGUUGGGUCCGUCGUGUUUGUGGUUGCCGCGGUCUCCGCCUCCUUCGUGCGACCCAAACAUGAACAUAGCCACAACAUUCCACACGAUGACGAGGCCGAACAUGGGACUGGG